CUGACGGAUUAAACGUGACUAUUGCAACAUUGCUGUGUUUAUUUACGUUACAUUCAAAUUUUGGCGCACAGCAGAAAUCAAUUUCCUGCGCAGUGCACUAUCGCUAUUCAGCACAUUUUUUGGUUUUUAACAUUAAAUUCCAGUGUAAUAUACCUUCUACAGUUUAAUAAAGUCAGCCUUCAUAAAGUAAAAUCAUAACUACUAUAGUCUGAUCUACUUAGAUCUUUCCAGAAGUUUUUAUCCGAAUGUGCCACUUACUUACGUAGGAAGUUUGAAAUUUCAAGGUUAACUGACUAAUCACAUUUCCUACUCAUGCUAAAAUUGUGUUGUGUAAGUGCGGUAAAAAUUGUCUGAAAUUUUUGAAAGAAUUUGUGGAACUCUGGUUGUAUGCACGUUUUCUCUGUUUAUACACACGAUGAUUUUUUGAUGAGCAAUUCACCAUGAGUGCAAUACCUAUGGCAGAAUACGUCCAGCCAGAUCAAAUCAUCUCAGCUCCAGUUAAAAGAAAAAUUUUACCUUAUAUUUCCUCCAGCAUAUGACUUCCCAACCGAUCUCAUUGUCCGUUCACAAGAAAUUUGGCCCUUUAAUCUCCUUUCCCUUGCAGUUUUUUCAGUGGAUUUCGGAGGACCAGACUAUUGAAAGUCAUGAGGAGAGUCCCACGGGCACUCACCCUCAAGACGUGGACAUCGUGGACUCGGAAGAAUGCCUGACACUCAAAUAUUCACCUCCUGCAGUGGACACUAUUAUGAUGUACUGUUGGGGUAACACAAGCAAUGGUGAACUGGGUUUGGGAGGAAUCGAAGAAGACAAUGUUCUGGUACCCACGCAGUCUGAUUUCAAGGAAGCACGCUAUAUCAAACAAGUUGCUUGUGGAAGAACUCAUACGCUAGUUCUUACCAAUUCAGGACAAGUUUACUCGUGUGGUAACAAUGACCAUAACCAACUAGGCCAUUCAAACAUUCAAACCCGUUUUCAACUUGUCAAUGGUUUAGAUUACAAUGUAAUAACAACUAUAGCUUGUGGUGAAUGCCACUCUGUUGCGGUCAAUGAAUGGGGACAGCUGUACGCUUGGGGAUCAGGUCAAUUUGGUCAGUUAGGUAAUGAUGUUGAUACUCAGGAAAAACCUAAGAUUGUCAAAUCUUUAGCCACUCAUUUUAUCGUUCAAGUUUGUUGUGGUUACCGACAUUGCUUAGCAUUGAAUAAUAGAGGUGAACUUUAUUCUUGGGGUUCAAAUCAGUACGGACAAUUAGGUCUCAAUUUAUCUACAACUGAAAGUAUACGAACUCCAAAUCUAGUUGAAUCUUUGAAAGGUGUACCCAUCGCAUUCAUUGCUUGUGGAGGUUUUCAUAGUUUUGCAAUAACUAAGUCAAAUGCGGUCUAUGGCUGGGGGAAAAACACUUUCGGUCAGUUAGGUAUUGAUAGUGAGUCAGAUCGAUUAAUUUUUCCCAGACAGUUGAGAACAUUGCGUUCAAUUAAAGUCAAAUACAUAGCUUGCGGUGAAGAGUUCUCUGUGUUUCUAACCCAGGAUGGCGGUGUAUUUACUUGUGGAUCUGGAAUGGAUGGUCAGCUUGGACACGGAACGAAAUCCAAUGAAAUUCUUCCAAAAAAAGUAAUAGAUCUAAUGGGUAGCGUUGUAACCCAAGUGAGCUGUGGAAGACGGCAUACUGUUGCUCUGGUCCCAUCUCGAAAACGCAUUUAUGCAUUUGGUCUCGGUGGAGCUGGUCAAUUAGGCAAAGCUAUUAAGUCUGCUACCUCUCCGCAAGUAGUUACUGGUCCUUGGUUGACAACCUCCAAAGCUAUAAUACAAAAUAGCGAGUCAUUCGUUAUGAAGCGCAUUUAUGCAGGAGGCGAUCGUUGUUUCUGCCUAGUCACGAAUAAUCCUAGAAAUGUUGAGCCUGAUGACUUACGGUUCCUUCCAGAAAACACUCAAAUUUGGAAAAUUACGCUAGCGAAGUUACUUGAAUGCACGCUCGUGAAAUCUGAUGAAAUUGUUGAUCAAGAUUUACUAACGUACCUGGAAACCGUUUUAAGCAGUAUGCCAAGUAUAAAUUAUUCCUUUUUGUUGGCGAAUGAUGGACAUUUCAACUGCACUUUGUUAAACCAUGGCAUUGAUAUAUUUUACACGAUUGACUGUUUCAAUACAAUCACUAGGAUAGAGAAUUCUUCCAUAUCUGAAUUGAUCCUCACGUCUUUCUGCAGCAUCAUGCGUUCUCUACCAGUCCAACCACUGGACUUCGAAGUACUCCGAUUUUAUCUGAUCAUGCCUUUUUAUCAUGAGUUUGACAAUCCCAAACACCAAAAUCAGCUGCAAGUGCCUUUUGCUGAAGCAAUUUUAAACUUGAGAGACACACAAGCAGAAGUACUUGGUUAUUGGUAUCGCAUGAUGUCUGAAGAAUAUUUUGAGCGGCUAAUUAGAAUUUACAAAAUAGUCGUUUCUGAUCAACUUCAUCGCAUGAAUAAUCUGAAUUGGAGCAAAGCAUUGUACGUGGCUGUGGAAUUCCUUGCGAAAAUGAACACCCUAAAUAAUAAUCUCAAAGUGCCUUAUUCAACAUUUUACAUCCCGGAACUAACUGAAAAAGUCGACAUCAUGGAAGAUUAUUGUCAAUUUGCUCUCAACCCUAACAGAAGGCCUAAUCUAUUCUGCCAAUACCCAUUCCUAUUCGAUGCACAAGCCAAAACUACAAUUCUGCAAGUAGAUCAACAAAUUCAGAUGCAUUCUGCAAUGACUCAGGCUAGCUAUGCUGCUGCAAGGAAUCUAUUUUUCUCUUCCAUGAAUUCCACACCCCCAUUCCUCGAGCUGCUUGUAAACCGAAACAACAUUAUUCACAGUACUUUUGAGGCACUUUCUCAUUACUCAGAAGCAGACUUCAAGAAACCCCUCAAGGUUACGUUUUUGAAUGAAGAAGCUGAAGAUGCUGGUGGUGUGAAGAAAGAAUUUUUCAUGCUUAUUUUGAGAGAGAUUCUGGACCCCAAGUAUGGAAUGUUCCAAUAUUAUGAAGAAACUAGAACAAUUUGGUUUAGUGAAUAUUCUUUUGAAGAUGAAACAAUCUAUCGUUUAAUUGGUCUGAUCUGUGGUUUGGCCAUUUACAACUUUACAAUCAUUAAUUUACCUUUCCCACUAGCUUUGUACAAGAAAUUGCUGGAGGAACCAAUUGGACUCCAAGAUCUGAAAGAUCUCUCACCUCAAAUGGCUAAGAGUUUGCAAGACAUUUUAGAUUACAAAGGAGACGAUCUUCAAGAUGUGUUCAGUUUAAAUUUUGAAAUCUCCAGAGAAGUUUUUGGUGAAGUAAUAGUCAAGCCUCUAAAACCAAAUGGUGAAAAUAUACCAGUCACCCAGGAGAACAAGAAUGAAUUUGUUGACUUGUAUGUAGACUACGUCCUGAACAAAUCUGUGGAGAAACAGUACAAUGCAUUCCAUACCAUGUUCCAUAAAGUGUGCGGUGGUAGAGUUCUAAAGCUUUUCCAAGCCAGUGAAUUAAUGGCAGUAGUAAUCGGCAAUGAAAACUAUGACUGGUAUCAGUUAGAAGAAGCAGCAGAUUACAAGAAUGGUUACACCUCCAGCGAUGAAACAAUUCGAAUGUUCUGGGAAGUUUUCCAUGCCUUACCCCAAGAAGAGAAGAGGAAGUUUUUGUUGUUCUUAACGGGUUCAGACCGCAUCCCCAUCAAGGGAAUGAAAGAUAUUAAGAUUAUAAUCCAGCCUACAACUGAUGAUAAAUAUCUUCCAGUGGCCCACACCUGUUUCAACUUACUAGAUUUACCACGAUACAAAACCAAAGAGAAACUUCGCUACAAGUUGUUGCAAGCUAUUCAGCAAACAGAGGGCUUUUCUCUCGUGUGAUCGAUGGUUGAUCGUCUCGCUCAAGUUCCUCGCAUCUUCAGGGACCUGUGUAUUUCUUUGAACUUGUUGCCUUCCGCCGAAAACCUCAUUUUGUUGUAUGUAUCUAAAAAUUUUCACAUAUUAGUCAAGUUACCCAUUCGCAAAGCUGUGACCUGCUUUUUUAGAUUAUGCCACAGCUAGUGCACAGAAGUAGGAAGUGGCUGAAGUCAUUUCUCAGCGUAAGUGAUACUUGAGAUAGCACUAGUUGCUGUUGUGACUCUCCGGCUGUGGCUUUUUGUUUUUUCAUUGUGCAUUAUCAAUUGUGUAUCACACGUACCUUUUCUAGUUUUGUUUUCCUAGUAAAAACUGAAAACUUAUUUAAAAUCAGUCUCAAAGUUCAUUGUAUCUUAGAAUCAAAUAUGUACUUUUUUUUUUAUCCCUUUCUUGUGUUAUUUUCAUACUUAAAAAAAUGGGAAAUGUCCCUGCGCCUAUUUAAUCAUUGAUAAAAGUUUUUCUGUAGCCUCA